UUGAAGUACAAAUCAUAGAAGUCUGUGUUUUGAAGUUUUUAGUCUCGCGAGAGUAACAAACUCAUUUAGCAACGCAUAUAAACAACAUGGCGGAUACCGAAGCCAAAGAAAAUUCACCUGAUGCUAUGGUUGCAGACAUACAGAAAAAAAUCACCGAUGCAUUUGACAUAUUUGACCAUGAAUCAAACAAGACUGUGGAUGUCAGGGAAGUGGGAACAAUAAUUCGCUCCCUUGGCUGCUGUCCUACAGAAGCUGAACUCCAUGACAUGCUGGCUGAGAUUGAGGAGGAGGAGCCUACAGGAUAUAUCCGCUUUGAGAAAUUUCUUCCCAUGAUGACCAGAGUGCUAAUGGAGAGAAGAUAUAAACCAGUACCAGAGGACCAGAUAGUACGGGCAUUUCAAGUGUUGGAUGUAGAAGGAAAGGGCUACCUUCUGCCAGAGGAAUUGUCUAAGUACAUGACAGAGGAAGGUGAGCCCUUCACUGCUGAGGAGCUAGAGGAAAUGCUCUCACAGGCAUUAGAUCCAGAAAAGGGUUACAUUCCCUACAAAGAUUAUGCUUCUCUAAUGGCUGCAGAAGAAACUUAAUUUUAUGCCAAAGAAACUUGUCUCAUUCAGCAUCACAAUUAAAUAGAGAAAAUUGC